AUGUCACCGUUCCAUGAAAACCCUCAAAAUACCCUCCCAAAUAAAGUAUCGAAACCUGUUCGCUGUUUACAAGCACCUCCAAAUGCUGCGGUGGGUCGCGCUCAGCCUACUCAGAAGAUUGGAACUUAUGUGUUGGAGAAGACCAUCGGUAAAGGAAACUUUUCGGUAGUAAAACUGGCGAGGCACACUAUUACACAGAUUAAGGUAGGAAAGACUAUUUGGAUUUAUGUCGUUCGCUAGGUGGCAAUCAAAAUCAUCGACAAAACAAGACUUUCCAGCGAAAAUUUGGAAAAGGCUCAGCGAGAGGUGGAGAUAUUAAAAACGAUUCAGCAUCCGAACAUAAUCAAGCUGUAUCAAGUCAUGCAAACGGCCAAACUUUUAUGCAUUGUUACGGAGUAUCUUCCAAAUGGCGAACUAUUUGGUGAGUCCCAACGUUGUUGCCCUUGUAUAUCUUACCUGUCUGGCAAUAUUAUAUCCACCUGACUGAUUUCCUAUUUCAAUUAAUAAGUCGGAGACGUUGUACCAACUCUUCCCUAUGGACUGUUCGUUUGUCCAUAAUCAGUUCACCUACACUUAUCCGACCAAAUAAAUUUAGUUAAGUUGAACGUUAGUAAGAGCGGUAAUACCUGUUUUAUGCUAAAAUCCAACAUGCCACGUCUGACUUAUUCACUCUGUUACUCUACCCUACUGUAUAUCAUUGUCAAAAUUUAAAUUGCUUACGUUAAGGCUCACUGAGGCUUACGCUCUUCCAGUGUUUACCGGGAAAUGAACAUAUGGCCAUAUGUGAUGCCUCCUGACCCUCUGUUUGCAACUUGCUGUAACUUUAAAACGGCUUUUACGCAACCCUGGAGCGAUCGUUUUUAACACAAGGGGGCGUCGUAGUCUGAUCUAUCACCUUAUUUCGCGAUGUCAACAAAAUUAGAUUGUAGCUUGUCACAGGUUUUAAAACUUAAUUCCACAACUGCUAGCUCUGCUCGCGGCUUUAACGGCAGCUUCUGCUCUUGUCGACCUGUGAACCCAGUUGAAUAGCGGUAGAAAAUGUAAUCAGGCUCCUUUUGUUGGGUAGCUGGCACACUGCUAAUGGCGAAGAAUGGCCCUCAUGGGCCCAUGACUCGAUUUCUCCUUUUUCGUUCCACAACUCAGCUUAAAGGAUAAUGCGUUUCCCUUUAUUUAAUAGCCGCUCGGGAUAGUUUUUUUUCAACCGUCAGUGGAAGUAACCACAGUUUGCAAAGGCAUAGCGGUGCAAAAACGUUGUCGUAGUUUGUCUUCUGUCAGUCUGACGCGAUAGUGUUCUCAUUAUGUUAUUUUACAUUUUUUUAGAAUACAUCGCUAAUAACGGUCGUCUUACGGAGCAAGUAGCGCGGUACAAGUUUGCCGAAAUUUUAUCCGCCGUUGAGCACUGCCAUCGAAAUAAUAUUGUCCAUCGGGACUUAAAGGCUGAAAACGUGCUUCUUGACCAGUCAAUGACCGUAAAGCUUGCAGGCAUGUUCACGUUUUAA